AUGACAGCUUAACCACCAUUCUCCUGUCACUCACCACCUCCACUCGGUCCAGAUUAAACAUGAUUGGCCAGUAGUACUUGGACUACCUGUUAUAUUUUUAUAAUGAUUAGAUAAGAUAUGAGUAAAAUAUAUGAUUACACACUGUUUAAAAAUACAGUUAAUCCAGUUCCUUCGCAAUGGCCCAUCCACACGAGCUGGCACAAGAGUUUGCUCUAUAGCCCAGCACAGUCUGUGCAGUAGUAUACAGGAGAUGGGCUGUUGCGCAACGACACAUCCACAGAGCCAUAGACGCAUUGUGACGCCAUGUGUUUUCAUUACUGGACAUGUUUUAGCUGUGAAGCAAAAGUAAGCCCUUCUUUUCAUUUUCAGUCGAGGUCUAUGGAGGUCAUACAGCGCGGUGACGCCCCCAAGUGGACAUCAGCAGCAUUACAGCAUCAGUCCAAGAUAAAAAUAGCUCAGUUUCGCUUUCCAAUCGUCAGAAAUGAUACCGAAGAUUUCCUCCUCCCAUGAAACCAGCGGCCGCUGUCGUCAAGCUGCGGUUUGGUCUCCCAGGUGGAAGGAAACGCAGGCAGAGCUCGGACACGAUGGAGACGGAAAUACUGAAAAUGAUCUGCGCCGGCCAAGGAGCAGUCAACACGGAGGAUUUGGUGUAUAAUCUGUUUUCCGGAGAUCCCACGAAGGUGUCGGAGAUCAUUUCUAACCGAGAGAAAUUUGCUCGCUGUUGUCCAAACGGACAGCCGAAGGUGGUGGCCAGGACCCGCCUGAGACUUUGCAGAGCCAAAGACUGCCCGGGGGCGUGCAGGGGUCUGCACCUGUGCAAAAACUUCCUAUUCAGUGGAUUCUGUCAGUUCACUCAGCUCAGGAGGGGCUGCAGCUUCUCCCAUGAGCUGACGUCUGAGCAUAACCAAAGACUUCUGAGGCAGCAUGAGCUGGAGAGCCUGAGCCGGGAGGAGCUGUGCACCCUGCUGCUGCAGAGUGACCACACAGUUCUUCCUGAUAUAUGCCACGACUACAACAACGGUGUUGGACUGUUUGGCAGGUGUCAGGAUGGUGAUGGUUGCAAGAGGCUCCACAUCUGUGAGACCUACAUCAGCUGUGAAUGCAGCUGCUGGAAGAACCACGAUUUUAAUGCUCCACAGCCAUUCAGAGCUUUGCAAGCUAGAGGCGUACCUGACACACUCUUUCAAUCCUUGAAGGCUACUUAUGCAAAUAAACAAGCUUUGAAGGUGGCUCGAGUCAGUGACCAUGGUCAACAAAGUCAGAGAGGCAGAGGGAGAGGUGGCCAUCAGCUCAGCAGAGGUUGGAGAGAUACUUGGGGCAACAGUGGCUUUAGGGGGAACAGAGGAAGCCACAGCAGCCGCCCGGUGCAGGAUCAGGCCUGUUCACUUAGUGACAUUGCUGCAAACAUUGACGCCUUUGACCUGUACUCCAGCGAUGGACUGAAUGAAAGCGACGAUGAAAACUCUCCCACUAGUGACAUCUCUGCCGCCACUAGCGACAACGAUGCGAGCAGCGAAAAUGAUGUAAGCCAAAACCGGACAUGGCGUCCAAAAAAAGCUGCUGUGCCUUUUAGAGGGAGAGGCGGCAACAGGGGCAACCAUCGGCUUUUUCAAAAUACUCGUUCUUUAAGUGACGUUCGUGCUGCUGUCAGUGAUGUAGCUGCUAGAGGCGGAGGAUGGCAGAACAAUAGACAGAGCCCUGUCAGAGAUAAAACAGGGAUCUGCAUGUACUUCAUCAAAGGUCACUGCAAACAUGAUGAUCGAUGUUUUAAAGCUCAUGACAAGAUGCCGUACCGAUGGCAGGUCCAAGAGGGACACCAGUGGACUGAUUUGCCCGAUAAUGAGACAAUUGAGAGAGACUACUGUGACCCCAGUAACUCAUACAGUAGCACCAGCCCAGCCGUGCACUUUGACACGAUGACCUGCGGACUGAAGCAGGUACGUCGGCUCUCGACAGAAAACUCGGUGACUGAGCCGACCUUCAUCCACACCACCGAGUGGCUUUGGUACUGGCAGGAUGAGUUUGGGAGGUGGAACAUGUUUGCAUCUGCUAUUGGUGGACAUGAAGCAGCAGACAUCAACAGCACAAAGCUGGAGAAGUUGUUCCUGGGCAAUAAUAAAGACGUUGUGGAGUUUACUGCUGGUUCACACUCGUAUUCACUCAGUUUCGAGGACAUGAUGCAGACAAACAACCUUAAUGGCACGAAGACGCUUGUGUGCAGACGGCCACGGUUUGUCUCUGCUGUAGACGUCCGGACAAAGAAAGUCAGAAGGCCUGUGGUUCAAAAUGUUGGCCCAGUACCGGACAACUGGGACAAGACACAGAUCCCUGAAACAGGAUAUUCGCAAAUCUCGCUCCAGAGCAGCUCAAGAGAAUUUAAGGAGGUUGAAGCUCUUUUCUGUAAAACCAUGAGAGGCUUUGAUAUCAUCAACAUUGAGAGAAUUCAGAACCAAAGUCUUUGGGCGGCCUUUCAGUUGCAGAAGAAUCAGAUGAGGACCAAAAACGGAGGGAGAGAUGUGCCUGAACUAAGGCUUUUUCAUGGCAUCGACUCCAAAUCUGUAAACACCAUCUGCCACAACAACUUCGACUGCAGAACUCAUGGAAUGGCUUAUGGCAAAGGUAGUUACUUUGCCCGCGAUGCCAGAUACUCCCACGACUUCACCGGUGACACUGACGUCCGAGCCAUGUUCAUCUCACGGGUGCUGGUGGGAGACUUCACCAAAGGGUCCUCCGAUUAUUGCCAACCUCCUUCAAAAGACGGGGGGGGCAUAAACCUCUAUGACAGCUGUGUAGACGAUGUAAUGGACCCAGCCAUAUUUGUGGUGUUUGAGAAGCACCAGAUCUACCCCGAGUACCUGAUACAGUACAAUUAGACAGUGUACUGGUGAAAGAAACCAGCGACCCUAUCAGCUUACCAACUCAGCACAGUUUCUUUCAUGUGCUGAUAGUGAGACAAAUGUAACUUUGAGUACUCAGAGUAGAAAAGAGAUAUGAGAACCACAUGUUUACCAUUAAGCAUUUAGCAAUGUUGGUAAAAAUGUGUGAAUUGUCCUGGGAAAUACUUGGUAAAACUAGCUUCCCAGUCAGUUGCUAUUUUAGGUUUAAUUCAAAUGCUGAAAAUGCUGAAUAAGCAAGUUUUCUUUUGUUUGUUUCGAUGCUCAAACUUUUUCAACUCGACCAAAUGCAAAGUGAUUUUUAAAAGAAGACAAAUUUCCACAAAUCACAAACAUUUCCAGUCAGUCUGUCUUCAUGUUGCACAUGAAGACAUGUGUGCAUCUUUUGCAUCUUUUAUGUGCAAAAGAUGCACAUAAAACCAGGCUGGCACAAUCCCAUUUGCUGAGGUGUUUUUUAUAGAAAUUACACUAACUUUUAUACAAAAUGUAAUAAUGACAUUUUGUAUCGCUAAUGAUCUUAGCAUAUAUCUGUAUGUAUCUCCUUAAUGGUGGGCCAAUCUAAAGAAAAGUUUUUUAAUAACAUUGCAGUUAUUAACAUCUAUUUUAAGCCAUGUCUUUAAGUUUUCAUAUUUAUCACCCUGACAAUGCGAUGAUGUCUCCAUUUGUUGUUGUUGUGACAUUCAACAUACGCGAAGGAAUUUAGUUAUACUCAACAUAAAUACAGAAUGAAGAAUUUGACAAAGCAUACAGGCUUAGCAAAAACCGCCCAUAGGACAGGUUUAUGCGAGUUAUAUAGAUAUGCUGCAGCGUGCUAACCAUAUCAGAAGAAAAGCCUGAGUGCUUUCCUCGUGAUUAUCUCGGGAAGUUUUAUACGUCAUCCACGUUUAGUGGUUAUCAUGCGAAAGCGUCGUACCUAAAACAUAUCAAAUAAUAAAAAGGGAUACCGUUGGAGGCGUUUAGAGCCUCAGAUUCUCGUAAGGAUUUGUCCAAGACACGACGGACUGCGUGUUGGUGCCUGAUGAUAGCUUUGCUGUUUUAGAUGACCUUUGCAACAUCAGCAGCAAGCAGGGACCAACGUCUGGGAACACGUAUAGAAACAAACAGCAGCAGUGUGCGAUGCUCACUGUGCUCGGAAAAGCUUGAGAAGAAGGAAAGCGAAAAACAUGGACCUUCUAGUCCAGCGGUCCCCAACCUUUUUUGCACCACGGACCGGUUUAAUGUCAGACAAU